UACAAACACAUUCCCAGUACACAGGACGACCACGAUCCUUCCCCUGUCUGCCAAAGCGCUCAAACUAAAAUCCCUCCUGCAGGUUAAACGCGCGUCCUCAGAGUAUGGGACAGAAGCCCGUUAGCAACCAGGAAAUUAGCGGAACCUUGAGGCUGAACGAUAGAAGCCAAUACGGUUGCUUUGAGAAAAGAACACUUCCGGCUGGCGAGGCUGUGACCCCAAUUUGUGGUUAAGUCGACCCCAGCUCUCGUGUUCCGAUUUGCCACGUUAACUCUGGAAGGCGGGCUUCCGUCCGGGUCACGCUUUUCCAUUGGCUACUGGCAGGGCGGCGGUUUGGAGUGAGGGUAGCACGUUGAACUGAAAGCUUUGCUGUCCAGCGCAAGGCCUGCAGCCAAACCCGGUGUCCGUUGGGAAUCCGGGGCCUGGCCAGGUGUGGGUCUUUAGGGGAUGGAUCGCGUGUGGAGUGCGUGGUGCGGGAAGUGCGUCAAAGAGAAAGGGUCGUCACCACUUUGGGCCCAGCGCAUCGUGGUCGCCUGGCUCAGUAGGGCCGAAUGGGAUCAGGUGAUGGUGUAUCUGUUCUGUGACGACCAUAAAUUGCAGCGGUACGCCCUGAACCGCAUCACUGUGUGGAGAAGUAGGUUAGGCAACGAGCUCCCCCUGGCAGUGGCUUCUACUGCUGACCUGGUACGCUGUAAACUCAUGGAUGUAACUGGUGGCUUGGGCACUGAUGAACUUAGACUGCUCUAUGGCAUGGCGUUGGUCAGGUUUGUGAAUCUCAUCUCUGAGAGGAAGACAAAGUUUGUCAAGCUCCCUCUCAAGUUCCUGGCUCAGGAGGUUAACAUUCCAGAUUGGAUUGUUGAACUUCGACAUGAGUUGACUCACAAGAAAAUGCCCCAUAUAAAUGACUGCCGCAGAGGCUGUUGUUUUGUUCUGAAUUGGCUCCAGAAGACGUACUGGUGCCGCCAACUGGAGAAUAGCCUGAGAGAAACCUGGGAGUUGGAGGAGGAUAGGGAAGAGACAGAUGAAGAAGACCAAGAGGAAGAUAAAAACAUUGUUGUUGAUGACAUCACAGAACAGAGAACAGAGCCUAAAGAUAAGGGGAAAGGUGCAGAACUGGAUGUCAGAGUUGGAGACAGUGAAAGCAACAAAGAGGUUGAUUCACAUUGGGAAAAGGCUUUGAGACAUAAAGAGCUAUAUGAAAGAGCUCGAGAACUGCUGGUAUUAUAUGAAGAGGAGCAGUUUAAGGUGCUAGAGAAAUUUAGGCAUUUACCUCAGGCUGUUAAGGCAUGGAACAACCUGUCUCCACCUGUAGAAUGCAUCCUGGCAGAGCUCAAGGGUAUUACAUGUGAGAACAGGGAAGCUGUGUUGGAUGCUUUUCUGGAUGAUGGCUUUCUUAUCCCCACAUUUGAGCAGUUGGCAGCUUUGCAGAUAGACUAUGAAGAUGGGCAGACUGAGGUCCAGAGAGGGGAAGGUACUGACCCAAAGUUACACAAAAACAUGGACUUGAGUGACAUCCUGGUGCCAAAGCCAUUUUCCCAAUUCUGGCAGCCCCUGCUCAGGGGCCUGCAUUCUCAGACCUUCACACAGGCCCUGCUAGAGAGGAUGUUCUCCGAGCUGCCAGCCUUGGGGGACAGCGGGAUACGGCCCACCUACAUCCUCAGAUGGACCAUUGAACUGAUUGUGGCUAACACCAAGACUGGACGGAAUGCCCGCCGAUUUUCUGCAAGCCAGUGGGAAGCAAGAAGGAGCUGGAGGCUAUUCAACUGCUCUGCCUCCCUUGACUGGCUCCGGGUGGUUGAGUCCUGUUUGGGCUCACCAUGCUGGGCUAGCUCCCAACUCCUUCAGCUUGUCUUCAAAGCCAUGGGACAGGUGCUGCCAGAUGAGGAGCAGGAGAAGUUGCUGCGCAUCUGUUCCAUUUAUACCCAGAGUGGAGAAAACAGCCUAGUACAGGAGAGCUCAGAGGCCUCCCCCAUUGGGAAGUCUCCAUAUACAGUGGACAGCCUGUAUUGGAGCUUCAAACCAGAUGGUUCCAGCUUUGGACCUGAAGGAGAACCCCAGCAGCAGGAGAAGCAGGGCAGCCUUAAUGAUCUCCAGAAAAAUGAAAAGGAGGAGAAAGAGGUAUUGGCAAAUCAGGUGGAGGAGGAGGAAGAGGAAAAUGAUGACCAGAAGUGGGAGGAGGAGGAGGAGGAUGAAAAUGAUGAUGAUGAUGAUGAAGAUGAAGAGGAGGAGGAGGAAGAUAGAAUGGAGGUGGGGCUUUUUUCUACUGCGGAGGAGUCUCCCACUGCUGAGAAUGCCAGGCUCCUGGCCCAGAAAAGAGGAGCUCUACAGGGCUCUGCAUGGCAAAUUAGCUCUGAAGAUGUACGAUGGGAUACGUUUCCCAUAGGCCUAAUGCCAGGUCAGACUGAGGACCCAGCGGAGCUUAUGCUGGAGAAUUAUGACACCAUGUAUCUUUUCGACCAGCCUGUGCUAGAGCAGCGGCUGGAACCCCCAACAUGCAAGACUGGCACCCUUGGCUUAAGCUGUGGCGUGGGAAGUGACAACUGCAGCAACAGUAGCAACAGCAGCAACAACUUGGAGGGCCUCCUCUGGAGCCAGGGCCAGCUGCAUGGACUCAAAAAUGGCCUACAGCUCUUCUGAUACCCAUUCUGGUACAAAGUGUUUAUUCAGCCCUGCUGAGGCAACAACCCACUCCCUGGCCCUCUUGUCCCCUUGCUCCUCCCCCAGUGCACUUGAUGCUCCAUGAAACAACCUGAGAGAGAGUCCACAUCAGCCGUAUCAGCUCAGCUUUCCAUCAGAGUGGAAUUUUGACUGUUUUGGGUUUUUUAAAAUUUUGUUUUGAAAAACAAUAAACAAUAAACACUUA